AUGAAGUUCACCAUCAUUGCCGCUAUCGCUGCCUUCGCGGCCCCCAUCGCCGCCGGCCCUGCCGUUGCCGCCCCUGCUGAGGCUUUCGCCAUGCAGAAGCGUGCUUCCAUCCCUAUCCCCUCUUCCAAGGGCUCUGUCACCCUCAAGAAGGCCCAGACUGUCUCUGGCACCUUCGACGGUGGUCUGAAGACCUACGGCCGUGGCAAGUCCUGCACUGGCCAGGCUGAGGGUGGCGAUGCUGACGCCGUCUUCAUCAUUGAGAACGGCGGUACCCUCAAGAACGCCAUCAUCGGAAAGGACCAGGUCGAGGGUGUCCACUGCAAGGGAUCCUGCACUAUCGAGAACGUCUGGUGGGUCGACGUCUGCGAGGACGCUCUUUCCCUCAAGGGUGACGGCAACGCCAUGAUCAAGGGUGGCGGUGCUCAGUCUGCCUCCGACAAGGUCAUCCAGCACAACGGUAAGGGAACUGUCACCAUCGACGGUUUCCAGGUCAACGACUUCGGCAAGCUCUACCGUGCUUGCGGUAACUGCAAGAACUCUGUUGCUCGCAGCGUCGUCAUCAAGAACGUCAAGGCCCAGAACGGAAAGCUUCUCGCCGGUAUCAACCGCAACUUCGGCGGAACUGCCACCAUCUCCGGCACCUGCGCCACCUCUGUCAAGGCCAUCUGCGAGGAGUUCCAGGGCACCAAGCCCGGCAGCGAGCCCAAGUCCAUCAGCAAGGGUCCCUCCGCUCAGUGCAAAUACACUGCCUCCGCCAUCAAGUCCUGCUAG